AUGUCAGUGGUGGCAGUCCAGCUCACGCUCCAGCCAGCUCAUGGUUACAUUCCGCUCGUAGUCAUCGGCACUGGCCUCGUAAGCGCUUGGGCCGGGUUCGGAAUUGGCGGAUACCAGAAGACGCACGAGGUCCCGCAUACGCAAAUAGUGAAUGAGAAGAGGGACCCCCGCGUCAAAGACUGCAACGUCAUGCAACACGUCGCCGAGAACCUUCCCCUCUUUUAUGCUUUGCUCGCCACGUCUUCGAUAUACCGACCCGAAGCUGCAGCUGCAGCCGGUGCGCUGCGCAUUGUUGGUCUCAUUUGGAGUGGCAAGACGUACGCAACGGAUGGCUCUGGCAAGAGAGGGCACGUUAUAUUCGGCUUCUUCGGGACACUGGUGAUGCUAGGGCUGUCGCUGGAAGCUUCGUUGCGCAUCUUAGGCCACAUGUAG